GACCAUGGCUCAGACACAAGCUUGUGCUCUGACGACUUGAGAAGUAAAUUAGGCGCUAGAGGCGAGAGACUCAAGUAUACUUCUUCUACCAUUAAUGGAGACUUAGAAAAUGAAGGUUGGAAGUUCGAGCUAGCAGUCAAAGGUAAGUUUGAAUGCCAAGAAAUGAAUGUUGAAUUUCUGACAGUACCUAAGAUACCAGCACCUAUGGAAAGCUUUCCUACAGUUGAAGAAUUAGGUAAGUGGGAACAUUUAAAGUCUUUUCCAUGGGAGAAUCAGAAGUCCGGUAAAGUAGAUCUGUUAAUUGGAGCUGACUCACCACAAGCCUUCUGGGUGUUAGACGAAAGAAAGGGCAAGCCUAGAGACCCAUAUGGCGUAAAGACACCCCUUGGAUGGUCGAUUAUGGGGCCUGGAGGUCAGAGUUGUAAGAAGGGAUACUUUAACCGAAUUCACGUGAGUAAUCAACGACUACUUGACGAAGUUCAGAAAUCCUGGGCUAUUGAGAACAGUGGUUUCUCUGAUGAGCAAGACCCCAUAGAAGACAUGAGAGCACGCGAAAUCAUCCGAUCAACCAUAAAGAAGACAGGUGAUAACCACUAUGAGAUGGGUCUAUUGUGGAGACGAGAUGAACACACCAUGCCUCUUAACAAGACGAUGGUAUUGUCGAGACUAACUUCGUUAAAGAGACGGCUAGCGUCAGACAAAGACAUGCAUAGUAAGUAUACCGAAGUUAUAGAAAGCUAUAUUAAGAAGGGGUACGCAGAGCCAGUGCCCAACGAGCAUCAAUGGAGACAUGUACCAACCGAUAACAAUCCUGCUGACGAAGGUUCAAGAGGCACAUACGAAUUGGGUAAGUGGUUGACAGGUCCCGAUUCUCUGUAUAAAGAAGAAUCACGCUGGCCAGUGUCGAAAUUUUCAGAAAGUGAUCAACUGACUCCUGAUCCCGAGGUAAAGAAGCCAGUGGUAAUAGUAAACAAGAUACAAACCUGUGAGAGUAGCUUUGUAGAAACAUUGACAGAUAAAUACUCAUCUUGGACGAAGAAGAUACGUGUUCUUGGGUGGGUAUUACGGUUCAUAAGAUGCCUUAAAGCAAAGAUGAAGCACCAACCCAUAACGACAAGCAACUUGCUCGUGCCCGAACUGGAAGAAAGUGAGACCAUGAUCCUGUCAAGUAAGCAGAAGCACUCAUUUCCGAAUUGGAAAGCCGACAAGAGGAUUGAAGACCUAAACCCAGUGCUCGUAGGUAAUCUACUUAGAGUUGGCGGUAGAUUAGAUCAUGCCAGAAUAGAUUACAAUGCCCAGCACCCUGUGAUAUUGGCUAAUGAUGAAGAAAUGGUAAGAUCGCUGGUCAUGAACUACCAUCAGAAGGUCGGGCACAAUGGAUGGUCAGGCACAUUGAACGCUCUCCGUGAACGUUUUUGGAUCCUCAAAGGCAGGUCAGUGGUGAAGGGUAUCUUAAGAAAUUGUGUUAUAUGUAAACGACAAAAUGCACGACGAGGUGAACAACAAAUGGCGUCUCUACCUGAAGAACGUGUCACCGCAGAUAGACCACCUUUUACAUUCACCGGUAUCGAUUACUUCGGCCCCAUAGAUGUCAGGCAAGGUCGAUCUAUUGUAAAACGAUACGGAUGCAUAUUCACCUGUCUUGUGACGAGAGCCAUCCACCUCGAAGUUGCGGACAAUUUAAGUACAGACUCAUUUAUAAAUGCCUACAGACGAUUUGUUGCGAGACGUGGCGAGCCCUCAAAAUUAUUCAGCGAUAAUGGAACUAACUUUGUUGGAGGCGAAAAGGAACUCAGAAAUGCCUUAGCUGAAAUGAAUCAAAACAUCGUGGAAGAAUUUCUUCACACCAAGGGAGUUGAGUGGCACUUCAACCCUCCCUCAGCCAGUCACUUUGGAGGUGUUUGGGAACGCCUAAUAAGGUCAGUGAGAAAAACAUUGUAUAGUGUUCUUAGACAACAGACUGUUAACCAUGAUGUGCUACAAACGGUCUUAGCUGAGGUAGAGUCUAUAUUAAACUCCAGACCACUCACAGACUUGUUACCAGAAGCUUAUGAUGAUGAGCCACUGACCCCUAAUCAUCUCCUUUUGAUGAGGAAGGGACCUGCUGCACCGAUAGGUAGAAUCCAGGCCUAUGGCAAAAGGCGUUGGCUCCAGGUACAGUAUUUAGCUUCUCUGUUUUGGACCCGCUGGAAGAAGGAGUACCUCCCUCUUCUCCAAAAAAGACAUAAAUGGACGACACCCAGGCAGAAUGUAGAGGUAGGUGACAUUGUGCUUUUAGUCGAUGAAACCCUGCAUAGAGGAAGAUGGCCUAUGGGAAAAGUUGUUUCAGUCUACAGAAGUAAAGAUGAAAAAGUACGCAGCGUCGAUGUCAAGGUUGCAGGUGGAAUUUUGAAGCGUCCUAUCGCAAAGCUGUGCAUAAUAUACAGAGGAUCUAUUGCAAAAGAACUACAGUAAAUUGUUAAGAUGACAAUACAUUGUUAAUUAGUUAAGGCUGUUUUUGUAAAAUAAAGUUCUGAAAUCCUGUGUUGUGUACUUGAUUUCAGCGUGGGGAGUGUUAGAUCUUUCCUACGCAGCGCGCCCCCAGCGUUAUCCUUGUAUUUGUGAGGUAGAGCGAGCUUUGACAUCGCGUCGGCAGAGCGAAGCUGGCAUCAGUUGGUGAUGCACGCGUAUUAUAUUGAUGGUUAGAAUACCAAAUUUGUGAGCG